UUCCUCCCGGCGGCCGCGUCGGGCUUGCGGGAAGCCUGGUCCAGCCUUCCGUGUCCGCGCUCGGCUCCGAGUCUCCGUGGAGUCGCCCGCGGGCCGCCGCCAGCAUGUCGGGCGUGCGAGCCGUGCGCAUCAGCAUCGAGUCGGCCUGCGAGAAGCAGGUGCAGGAGGUGGGCCUCGAUGGCACCGAGACGUACCUGCAGCCGCUGUCUAUGUCGCAGAACCUGGCGCGCCUGGCGCAGCGCAUCGACUUCAGCCAGGGCUCCGGCUCCGAGGAGGAGGAGGCGGCGGGGCCGGACGGCGAUGCGCCGGACUGGGGGGGCGCGGGCGCCGACCAGGACGACGACGAGGGGUUGGUAAAAUUCCAACCUUCUCUGUGGCCUUGGGACUCUGUGAGGAACAAUUUGCGAAGUGCCCUUACAGAGAUGUGUGUUCUCUAUGAUGUCCUCAGUAUUGUCAGGGACAAAAAGUUCAUGACUCUGGACCCUGUCUCUCAGGAUGCGCUUCCUCCCAAACAGAGUCCACAGACAUUGCAGCUGAUCUCCAAGAAGAAGUCCCUUGCUGGAGCAGCUCAAAUCCUACUGAAGGGGGCAGAAAGGCUGACCAAGUCAGUGGCUGAGAACCAGGAAAACAAGCUCCAGCGAGACUUCAAUUCUGAGCUCCUGAGACUGCGGCAGCACUGGAAGCUGAGGAAGGUGGGCGACAAGAUCCUGGGUGACCUGAGCUACAGAAGUGCAGGUUCUCUCUUCCCUCAUCAUGGUACCUUUGAAGUGAUAAAGAAUACAGACAUUGACUUGGAUAAGAAGAUACCAGAAGAUUACUGUCCUCUAGAUGUCCAGAUCCCUAGUGAGUUAGAGGGGUCUGCAUAUAUCAAGGUUUCUAUUCAGAAACAGGCUCCAGACAUUGGUGAUCUUGGCACGGUUAACCUUUUUAAGAGACCUUUGCCCAAAUCCAAGCCAGGUUCCCCACACUGGCAGACAAAAUUAGAAGCAGCACAAAAUGUUCUUCUUUGUAAGGAAAUUUUCGCACAGCUCUCCCGGGAAGCCGUUCAGAUUAAGUCUCAGAUCCCUCACAUUGUGGUGAAAAACCAGAUCAUCUCUCAGCCCUUUCCAAGUUUGCAGUUGUCCAUUUCUCUGUGCCACUCCUCAGAUGAUAAGAAGUCGCAGAAGUGUGCCACUGAGAAGCCUGGGCAAGAGGACCACCUCUAUGUCCUGGAGCACAACUUGCACCUGCUGAUCAGAGAGUUUCAUAAACAGACCUUGAGUUCCAUUGUGAUGCCACACCCAGCGAGUGCUCCCUUUGGCCACAAGAGGAUGAGACUCUCAGGUCCUCAAGCUUUUGAUAAAAAUGAAAUUAAUUCAAUACAGUCCACAGAAGGACUCCUAGAAAAAAUAAUUAAACAGGCAAAGCAUAUUUUUCUAAGGAGCAGAACUGCUGCAGCCAUUGACAGCUUGGCAAGUCGCAUCGAGGACCCCCAGAUCCAGGCCCACUGGUCGAACAUCAAUGAUGCCUAUGAGUCUAGUGUAAAAGUUUUGAUCACAUCUCAGGGUUAUGAACAGAUCUGCAAGUCCAUCCAGCUACAGUUGAACAUUGGUGUUGAGCAGGUCCGUGUUGUGCACAGAGAUGGGCGGGUGAUCACGUUGUCUCAUCAGGAGCAGGAGCUACAGGACUUCCUUCUGUCUCAGAUGUCACAGCACCAGGUGCAUGCGGUUCAGCAGCUUGCCAAGGUUAUGGGCUGGCAGGUCCUCAGCUUCAGUAAUCAUGUGGGACUUGGACCCAUAGAGAGCGUUGGCAAUGCCUCCGCCAUCACAGUGGCCUCGCCAAGUGGAGACUAUGCCAUUUCAGUUCGUAAUGGACCUGAGAGUGGCAGCAAGAUUAUGGUUCAGUUUCCCCGUAACCAGUGCAAAGACCUUCCGAAGAGCGAUGUUUUACAAGACAGCAAGUGGAGUCAUCUCCGAGGACCAUUCAAAGAGGUUCAGUGGAACAAGAUGGAAGGCCGAAACUUCGUUUAUAAAAUGGAGCUGCUUAUGUCUGCCCUGAGCCCCUGUCUGCUGUGAUUUUUUUCUCCAGAGCAAGUUCCAGAAAUACUGACUUGCAUGUUUGCAGAUCAGCUAUAAGCACAAGGGAGAGAUGUCUUCCAUAUAAGUACCGAGCGCAGACUCAUGUGCACUGGUGCUCCAGUCUUUCACGGGAGCCCUGUUUAAAAGUUACAUGUUUACUUUGCGAAUUCUCUCACUUUAUAAGUGACGAGUACUUUGGAAUGAAAAAAAUGUAUGUACAGUUAUAGUAUGCAAUAUGGGGAGAUGUAAAAUAGUACAUUUUUUAUACAGCUAAUCUGAAAAUAUUACUAACUUAAGGGCUUGAAUUUGCUUUUUUUUUUAAUUCCAUCUUUAAUGUUAACAUAAACUUUAUGUUUAAAAAAUCUCCAAGUAUUUUGUGAAUUUCUCAUAACCCAUAUGAGCUGUGUAAUCAGCUGCCCCUGCUGUUUCUUUAAAAAUCACCGAAGAAAUCUUACAAGCAGAUUCACUGACCACACACCAGGCCCUGUCCCUGAAGUUCACCAAGAUCACUAACAGUAGUCUCCCCUAGUACUUGGGGCUCUUGGGGCAUUUGGGAUGGGAAGUGCCUUUGUAGCCAUCUUCCUCACCUGGGUCUUCAUGAGUAGGUUAAGAACUUCCUCAAAAAGCAGAGGAAACCAAAAAACGUAUCAUUGUACAGUCUGUUUUCCCUGUUGGUAGUCACUGCCUAGACCUGACUGCAUUCCACUUGAAAUUUGACAAAUUGAGAUAUAAAGGAGAUGUGCCAAGUGUGACAACUCACACCUCUAACCCUAGGACGGGGGUGAAGACGGGAGAUCGAGUUCAAGUUCAGCCCGAUCUGCAUGAAUUCCAGGCUAUCUGGGGCUACAUAGGAAAAACCUUGUUUCAAAGUUUAAAAAAAGCAUUGUAUUCAUGCUAUGGAUUAUGUUUGCAAGGGGGAAAGAGUAAAAUUUAAUAGGGACAGACAUGAAGUCAGGUAAUGCCUCAUUAUACACAUGAGGAAAAAGGAGACAGGUCAUGUGUAUAAUGGAGUCCGUGGGCUGAGGUGGAGCCCAGCGGGAGGAUGCUUGCCUAGCACUCAUGAGCGAGCACCCAGAUUCAAGCUCCAGAGUUACAGAGAGAAAAGGGCGUUGGGGAUAUGAUUGCUGGGAUGUGUACUGUAAUGUAUAGACAUGUUUAUGUGUGUCUAGAAAGGACUGUGUGCUCUGAAAAGUGAGACUGGGGAGAGGGAACUUGCACUGUACUGGGGACUUGUGUAUCUUGACUUUUCAAGAAGCAUUAUUUUUUGCAAUUAGAGAUUCUUGAAAGGCAAGAGAAAUCAUGACUCCAGCAGUCCUUAAGGAUUGGCAGCAGAGAUGGUGGUCACAUGCAGAAUCACAUAUAUUGACAAUCCACCGCUCUUCUGAGUGAAACUUGAUGAAGUUGUGGUAACAGUAGUUUCUCAGUUAAUUCUAGAGGUGUCUGAUGUCAGGAAACAGCAUAAUAAGCCAAUUCUGAUACAUGACAGCUGGAGGAAUGAGCCUUCAUUGCCCUGGUACCACUCAAGGCAACUGCAACUGAGACAUAUUCCUGAAGGUCACCUGUGGUUCUUUGAAUGAUUGGCCCCCAUUGACCCAUAGGGAGUGGCACUAUUAAGAGGUGUGACCUUGCUGGAGGAAGUGAGUCACUGUGGGGAUGGGCUUUGAGGUCUCAUGCUCUUAUGCACCUCGUGUACAGUUUCUCCUGCUGCCUUGCGACCAAGAUGUAGAACUUCCAUGUCCAGCUGUCUGCCUAUAUGCUGCCAUGUUAUCUGCCAUGAUGAUAAUGGACUCGACCUCUGAAACUGUGAGCCAGCCCCAAUUAAAUGUUUUGCUUUGUAGGAGUUGCUCUGGUCAUGGUGUCUCUUCACAGCAAUAAAACCCUAAGAC